AUGGCGCCUGUAUCGCCCCGGCUCAAGAUUCUAUCAGUGGGAGGUAAUCCCGUCUCAGCAUUCUUGUCAUGGCGACUCCAGGCUACGAAUGCGUGUGAUGUGACUCUCGUUUGGAAGUCUGGUUACGAGCAUGUGGCACAAUAUGGAAUCUCGUUCAAGUCGCCGACAUUUGGCAACGAACGGUUCAAGCCUCGGCACGUUGUUCGAAAUCCCGAGGACGCCGCCAGCGCUCGAGAUGGCCCCUUCGAUUAUGUUGUACUAUGCGUUAAAGCGUUGCCUGACGUAUACGAUCUCGCCUCCGUCAUUGACUCCGUCGUAACUCCUCAACAUACAUGUAUCCUUGUCAAUACAACACACACCCUCGGAGUCGAAGCUGCAUUGGAGGAGCGAUUCCCUACCAACGUGGUCCUGUCACUCGUUUCAGGCGCCGAACUCACACAACUUGGCCAGAGUGAAUUCGAACACAAGGGCCCAACCGAUAUCUGGAUUGGCCCAGCUAAUAACCCCAACAAUAUUCCACAGAGUAUACAAGAGGAUAUGGCACAGGCUUUGGCAAUGACCCUCAGCUCUGGCCAGGUAGAGUGCAAGGUCUCGCCAAACAUCCGCCAACAGCAAUACGAGAGAGUCAUAGGCCCUAUCGCAUUCCACCCCAUCAGCGUUAUCUUCGAAACGCCCAAUCAUACCUUGCUUCUAGAAAAGGUUGGUGUUAGGGACAUGGUUUCAGAUGUCAUUGACGAGCUACUUCGCCUAGCUGACGCCAACGGGUGCAAAUUUGAACCCGACUUCAAGAAGAAGACAAUGGACGAGAUGUCCAAGGCCUCAGGAGAGAGUAUCAUGUGGCAAGAUUAUGUUGCUCGAAGACCGAUGGAGGUUGAGACUUACCUAGGGUCGCCUGUCAAGUUGGCCAGAGACUCGAACAUAACACUUCCACGAAUCGAGACCCUCUACUCAAUCCUCCAUAACCUCAACCUAGUCAACCGCAACAGACCCAAGCCUGGUGAUCCGAACGCGAACAUUAUGCCACCAGCAUCCCCUUCAGCACAGACAGUACCCCGAAUGCCUUCUCAGAACAACCACCGUCCUAUGAUGAAUGGCAUGCCCAACGGUAACGGAAUGCCGCCUCGUCAGCCCAGACCUCGAAACUCGUCAAAUUUCAGCCAAGGCGGUAUGCGUCGCGGCCCACCCCCUAUGAAUGGCGGGCCACCGAAUGGCUAUGGCCGACCCCCUCCUUCUAUUAAUGGCGGUGGAUCGCGUCAGCCUUCAAGAAGAGGCUCACUAGAAGACACUAAUUUGGAGGAAUUCUCUCACUUGGUGCUCUAUGAUGAUAUUCCUGAAGGUUCCGAGACAUCCGUCACAGGCGACCCGUCAGAUGUCAAUUUGAGGGAGCGGGAACUCGCUCUGAGACAGCGGGAGAUGGCCCUGCGUGAACAGGAAAUGCGAAUGCGUCGUGGACCGCCCCCGCCCGGCCCCCCUGGAGGCCCCGGACCUCGUCGUGGUCCUCAUCCAAUGCGCAACAGCAAGCAGGUGUUUGACGAAGAUGACGACGACGACGACGACUACUUUGACCCUACAGCCAACGCCGCCCCCCCCAUGAUCGACCCUGAUAAUUUUGACAUGAUGAGUGUAACAUCAAGAAAGAAUCGAAAGGCACCAGGACCUACUCCAAGCCAGUUUCGCCGUAACCCCGACGAUAUGCCACCUCCUACACGAGGCGGUCGGUUCAGACCCAACUUCGGACGUAACAGAUCCAGCCAGGUCGGCGGCGCCCACAGCUCUAUGACAACCGAGAAUAUUCUUGAGGACCCUCUUAUGAGCUGCUCCUCGGAUCGUUAUGGAUCAGUCGAUCGUGGCGCAAUGAACGCUGGCUCUAGAGCGAAUUCACUGACUGCCUCAAGGCUUGACGAGAUGCAGUACGGCCCCGGUCCUGGAGGACCUCCUGGGAUGAAUGGUGCUUUCCCUCGACGCGCAAGCCAGUCCCCCGGGAAUCCCUACCCUCCAUCGAUGCGCGGCGGCAGCAGCCGUCGAGGAUCACCACCAGGUGGCUAUGGUCCUGCCCCUGGCAUGAACGGAAGGCCAUCACCACCUGAUGGUGUUCGCCAACCCGUCCCCCGACACCCACCGGGCCAAGGAAACUCAGUAGCACCGCAACAAGUUGAACAACAUAUAGGGGUGAGCGCCCUCCAUCAAACUAAGCCUAGGAAUGUUCGCAGUCUGACGGGUAGUGCGAGCGCCAGCGCGGGCAGUGGUGAAUUUGACUCCGAACAAUCUGCCAAUAGCAGUCAAGGUAGCUUACCUCCACGACCCCCGAUCGGCGUGCGUUAG